GCUGGAGGAGGAGAGACGCCAUGAGAGGCUAACCUAGUCAAGCGCACGGAGAAAGUGCUUCCAGCACUGGGUCUGGGUGCAGCUGCGAACAGACGUCCUUGGUUCGUGAUGGCACAGAGCAGUGACACACAGUAGCUUCAGAUGGGAUGGGUACUGUCCCUGAUGCAUUUAUGUAUGUACUACGGCACUGUGGACUGAACCAGAGCCUUCAAACUGAGCCACAUCCCCCAAGCUUUUUUCAUUUUUUGUUUUGAGACUGGGUCCUGUUAAUUUGCUCAGACUUGCCAUCCUCCUGCUUCAGCCUCCCAGAGUACUGGGAAUACAGGUUAUGCGGUACCACAACCAGUGGUGAAUCUCCAUUAGACUAAAGUCGGCUGCUCAGAAAUUCAAGUUUGCCCUCACAUGAGUUUCACUGCCUUUCAGGGACAAGUUUUCUCUAUCCGAGGGUCACAUAUACUACGUUUCUCUCUUUGUGUGUCCAAUGGAUUUUAACCUAGGGUCACAAACACACUCAGGUUCACAAACACAGGCGCAAGAUACACACAUUCCAGAACAACGGCUCAUUAUUAAGAACACUGCUGUUCGCUGCCCACUUAGCCUACACAGUGCAUUCUUCGUCCUCUCUGUAGCCGAGCUUCAAGGAAGACCAUUCUUCCCGGUGUGGAUUCGAAGUUUCCCCGCCAGCUCCGUCCGAGACAUCUCAAAGAAGCUGUCAAGCAGCUGGCUUCCCCAGGCUUUCAUUUGGACACCGUACUUCCUCUUCCUCCCGGAGAUGCGGACCUGCCUGAGCCUCGAUGGCUCCCGCCCUGGCCGUCACGCAGGUCUCGGCCUGCGCCUCUGCCCCGGAACUGCCUCCGCUAUCUUCGGCUUUCUGCUAGUUGAGCUCCUACAGGCCGCUGAGAGCUGGGUGAAGCACCGCGGGACCCGGUGGCCGUCCCCUUCCCGGGCGCUGGCCUGUCUGAGCAGGAAAGGGGACCUUCACAGGGUGAGGACAAGCGCUGCGCGGGACGCUGCACCGCGGACCCACGCAGAGCGCGUUCGGCCUCCCCUAGGCCGUGACCGAGGACGGGGAGGAAGCUUGGGAGUGCGCGAGGCGGCCGCAACCGGAUGUGCAGCGAACCCCGGGCGGAUGUGAGCCUGACCCUCGCCAGAUAUGACGCUCUCCCUGGCCAGAUGUGAGGCGAUCCCGGGUGGAUGUGAGGCAGCCUGAACCGGAUGUGAAGGGCCUCCAGGCGGAAGUGGAGCUGUCCUGAGCGGAAGUGAGGCUAGCGUGCGCCGCGGCCUUUGAAGGGAAGAGGAAGUGCUUCGGGGUCUCGCGGCUGGAGGGACUAGUUGGCCAGGUUGGGGCGCGGCGAAGGCCGCGAGGUCGCAGGUCGCGGCGUCAGUGGCAGCGGCCACCUCCGAGGCGCUACCCGAGGUGGGAAGGGGGCAGCGGCGGCCCCCGUCUUCGCGACUCGCCCGCAGAGGAAGCACAAUGUCCGCUGAGGUGCCCGAGGCGGCAUCGGCCGAGGAGCAGAAGG